AUGGGUCUGAGCAAGAUGCGCAGAUACGAAGAUGUGCAGGCACUCUUGAUAUGCUGGAAAGAUGCCAUACAAACUUUCAAAGAUCAGAGGACAGAUCUUCAGCGCGUGUUGACAUCCCCUUACAAUUUCGGAACCGAGGCGAUCGAUAUUCCGAGCACCGAUCCUGAAAAGUACCUUGACGACGAGAUCCGCAAGUUUAGAGACGCCCAUGAUAAGGAGCAGAACCUAUUGGUCGUAUACUAUGGUGGCCACGGUUCCGUAUUGCCGUUGGACGGUCAGUUAAUUAUUAAGUGCUUUGGCGGAGCCCAACAACCUUACGUCGAGUGGAACGCUCGUCAGAAAUCCUUCCUCAAGGGUUCCAAAGCAGAUACCCUGAUUAUAUUGGAUUGCUGCCACGCCGCAUCUGCUAUAGAAUCCAUCUACUGUGACCAGGACAACGUUGUCGAGCUACUCGCGGCGUGCAGCAUUGAGGGGAAAGCACCCUUGAGAGACAAUUAUUCAUUGACGAGCAAACUCACAGACUUGUUAAAGUCAAAGGAUCUGUUCACAGCAGGAUUUGGUACCUCCUAUCUCUACAACCGCUUGGUGCACUAUCAGAAGAUCAAAGGCCAGGUGUGCUUGGGAGACGGCGAGGACGAGAGGGGUGUUUCGCCGCUCCGCCUAGUACUCCUAUCACGUCGUGAGCAAGUCCGCGAUCUUCACAUUUGUCGGCGCAUCGUACCAGACAGUGAUGACGAAGAGGCUGACCCGGAGAUAACCGAUGCCACGGGUCAUGAAUCGAAGCCAGGGAAACAAGACAGCGAAGAGUCUGAAGCGACAGGUCACCAAUCGGCCACCCACCGAUCUGCAUCAUACUUGAACAUUACUACAAACACGGAACGGGACUUGAUGAAUAGACGAGAUUCAGCGGUGGACAUUCAGAGUCCGGGCAUACGGCCCGCAUACGUUGAUACCUGGCCUAACAUGGUCACUGGCACCGCUCCUCCAACCAAGGGACAACCAGCGGCGCGAGCAGCGCUUAAUCCGUCGCAGGUUGAGCGCUCGGCUUUCUAUAGAGAGUCUGCAGAAGGAAGACCUUGGGUGCGAAAGAUGGCAGUUGACAAGGGCGACCAAGAAAGCGAUCACCGGGCAUGGUUCCAAAGAUACGCAAGCUUCUUGGCCAAAUGGGGAUUGACUCGUGAAGCAAAGAGCCGCACACGCCCUUACAAGAUCGCGCUCCUCGGUACUGGCGUAGACCGUGGUCACGUUCUCUCCCAUGAUUCCCAUGAUAUCCGUGGACGAAACUUUACCUCUGAAGGUGGGAAUGAGAGCUGGGACCAGGAGCACUCCGGACAUGGGGCGUCAUGCUUAACGAUGCUAUUAGAAACGGCGCCAUUUGCCAAAUUCUUCAUUGCCAAAGUAACUGACCGCCACAGAAUUUCCAACGCCGACAUCAUUGCCCAUAGCAUCGAGUAUUCCGUCAAGGAGUGGCAGGUCGACAUGAUCGUCCUGCCGUUGGGACUUGAGAUUCACCACGACGGUGUUGCGAAUGCGAUAUCCCAAGCCAUCAGGAGAAACAUCAUCUGCCUGGCUGCAACGGGGAAUAACGGUGCAAACGAUCGUGCGUCUUUCCCUGCCAGAAUGCACGGCGUCAUCCCGAUAUUCUCCGCAGACAGCUACGGGAACCCGUCUCCUUACAAUGCCUCUCCGAUGAGGCACCGCAAAAACUUCAGCACGUUCGGGGAAAACGUCAGGGUCUGGAGAGACGACCGGACGGACGAGCCGGCGUACAAGAGCAGCACCUCCUUUGCGGUUUGUAUCGCGGCGGGCAUGCUGGCGGCGAUGCUGGCUUUUGCGCGGGACUCCCUGCAGCUCGACCAGAGGGACUGGAAUACCCUUCACACACCCGCCGGUGCGGAAAAGUACCUCGAGCUCAUGUCUACCAGUCGCGGGGGAUACGAAUAUGUUGCGCCGUGGCUGUUGAUAUCUAAUGAGAUAUUGAUGGAGAAUAAGAGCGAGAGCGAGGCUGACUUCAAGAACGCCAUCAAGAGUCAGAUCGUUAUGGCUCUGCGGCACCUAAGAUGA